CCGGCGGUCACCAUGGCAAUGCGGGAGCUGGUGGAGGCAGAAUGCGGGGGUGCCAACCCACUCAUGAAGCUGGCUGGGCACUUCACCCAGGACAAGGCCCUACGACAGGAGGGUUUGAGGCCUGGCCCCUGGCCCCCGGGAGCCCCCACCCCCGAGGCGGUCUCUAAACCUUUGGGAGUAGCCUCUGAAGAUGAGCUGGUGACUGAGUUCCUGCAGGACCAGAAUGCACCACUUGUAUCGCGUGCCCCUCAAACUUUCAAGAUGGAUGACCUUCUGGCGGAGAUGCAGGAGAUUGAACAGUCCAGCCUCCGCCAGGCUCCCCAGAGAGCACCUGGUGUGGCAGAUUUGGCCUUGUCUGAGAACUGGGCCCAGGAGUUUCUUGCAGCUGGAGAUGCUGUGGAUGUAACUCAGGAUUAUAAUGAGACUGACUGGUCACAAGAAUUUAUCUCUGAAGUUACAGACCCCUUGUCUGUGUCCCCUGCCCGCUGGGCUGAGGAAUAUCUGGAACAGUCAGAGGAGAAGCUGUGGCUGGGAGAGCCGGAAGGGACAGCAACCACCGAUCGCUGGUAUGAUGAAUAUCAUCCUGAAGAGGAUCUGCAGCACACUGCCAGUGACUUUGUGGCCAAGGUGGAUGACCCCAAAUUGGCUAACUCUGAGUUCCUGAAAUUCGUGCGGCAGAUUGGCGAGGGCCAGGUGUCCCUGGAAUCCGGUGCAGGGUCGGGCCGUGCUCAGGCAGAACAGUGGGCAGCAGAGUUUAUUCAGCAGCAGGGUACAUCAGAGGCCUGGGUUGACCAAUUCACGAGACCAGUGAACACAUCUGCCCUUGAUGUAGAGUUUGAGCGAGCCAAGUCAGCUGUAGAGUCUGAUGUCGAUUUCUGGGACAAGUUGCAGGCAGAGUUGGAGGAGAUGGCAAAACGAGAUGCUGAGACUCACCCUUGGUUGUCUGACCUUGAUGACUUCACAGCUGCUUCCUGUGAUAAGGGGUAUCAGUUUGAAGAGGAGAACCCCCUGCGUGACCACCCCCAGCCUUUUGAGGAAGGGUUGCAGCGACUUCAGGAGGGGGACCUGCCAAAUGCAGUGCUGCUUUUUGAGGCAGCCGUGCAGCAGGAUCCUAAGCACAUGGAAGCUUGGCAGUAUCUGGGUACCACUCAGGCAGAGAACGAACAGGAAUUAUUAGCCAUCAGUGCCCUUCGGAGGUGUCUGGAGCUCAAGCCAGAUAACCGGACAGCAUUAAUGGCACUGGCUGUAAGCUUCACCAACGAGUCCCUGCAGCGCCAGGCCUGUGAGACCCUGAGAGACUGGCUGCGCUGCUCACCUGCCUAUGCUCAUCUGGUGGCACCUAGUGAAGAGGGGGCUGCUGCGUCAGGACUGGGCCCCAGCAAGCGGGUUUUGGGAUCGCUGCUAUCUGAUUCCAUGUUUCUUGAAGUAAAAGAACUCUUUCUGGCAGCUGUACGCCUGGACCCUACGUCAAUUGACCCUGAUGUGCAGUGUGGCUUGGGAGUCCUUUUCAAUCUCAGUGGGGAAUAUGAUAAGGCCGUGGACUGUUUCACAGCUGCCCUCAGUGUUCGUCCCAAUGACUAUUUGUUGUGGAAUAAGCUAGGGGCCACCCUGGCCAAUGGAAACCAGAGUGAGGAAGCAGUAGCUGCAUACCGCCGGGCCCUUGAAUUACAACCUGGCUAUAUCCGGUCCCGCUAUAAUUUGGGCAUCAGCUGCAUCAACCUUGGAGCUCACCGGGAGGCUGUGGAACACUUUCUGGAGGCACUGAACAUGCAGAGGAAAAGCCGGGGCCCUCGCGGUGAAGGCGGUGCCAUGUCAGAGAACAUCUGGAGCACGCUGCGUUUGGCUUUGUCUAUGUUAGGCCAGAGCGAUGCCUAUGGGGCAGCGGAUGCCCGGGAUCUGCCCGCGCUCCUAGCUUUGUUUGGCCUGCCCCAGUGACAGUGGGAUGGACUGCCCUGUGAGUGUCCACCUGGAGGGGUUCCCGCUCUGGCUGUGACUCCCUCUCCCCAAAUGGGCCUGCCACGGGGGUGGGCUGAUGACCACAAGCGGUACAGCCUCUCAGGAGCUGCCUCAGUAUAGGGACAGGUAGUCCAUAUUCUAGUCCCUACGUAAUUGUAGGAAACAGAACUGUGUGGUCUCUGAGUCCCUUGGUAAUUCAAGGGCUGUACACACAGCUACAGAUCUCUCUGCUCAUCAUGCCCUUUCUUGGUGCUGCUUUUCGGAAGGGUAGGACCCGAAGUUAGAGGGUAGCUGUUACCAUCAGCUGCCAUUUCUGGUAGGGCCUGCCACAUUUGUAAUGUCUGUCAUUUCCCCCACUUUUCCUGGGACUUGAUUGUAGUAUAGCUUCCUUAGGCAGUUGUGUGUAGAAGUUCCUCCUACCAUGCACCUCUAAUGAUGACUGUGGCUGGUAAGAGAUGUGUUAGGGGUUGGUCUGCUCGAUUAAAUGCUGAUUGGACUCAGCAGAGCUGAGUUUUGGAAGAGGUGCUCAUAGUUCUGUCAUUCUUGGAUCUUUCCUGACCAUGAGCUUAGAUUCCCUGUGAGUACGAUGCUGCAAGCAAUAAUGCUGGUAUCAUUAUUGUAGGGGUUUUCAGGAGCCAGGGCCAAUUACUGCAGAGUGCUUUGGGGUGAGGGAGGAGGAAGGCUCAUUUGUGGACCAGAUGGGAUCGGUCAAGGGCUCUGUUCUAGGGGCUUGGUGGGAGGACACAGCAAGUGUGAGUGCAGAUACAGGUUGUGAGUGCAGCAGACCUUCCUCUUCCUAGAAAGAUCUGUGACUAGGAGUUGAGCUCGCUCUUCUGGAAAGUUGUGUCAGAGGCUACAACCUUGCUAGUUUCCUUGCAAAGAGGGGCAUCAGUGUUACUGUAAGCCUUUGCUGUACUUCUUAAAAUGUUUCUAGGGGAGAGUGAAAAAAUCCCCCUCCUCCCUAUUACCUCACAAGGUGGAGAUGGAAGGAAGAUGGAUUCUUCUGAACUGUCCCUGCAUGGGAAGAGAACACUGACCCCCAGAAAUGACUGCUAAGCCUCUUGCCUUGUCUUCAGUAGCUAAUGAUCAGAGAGAUUUUUAAAAAACUACCAUGGUCCCAAAGUUCCACCCUGAAAUUUAUUUUUUUCUUUGUAUGAAUGUGUAUAGGAUUUAAAAAUAAAAUUGUAAAAUAUUUGUAUGAGGAAUAAAUGAAACUGACAUGGGUAUGA